CCGGAGCCCCCGUGACCUCGCCGAGGCCCCGCCCACCGCCCGGCAGAGGACAGAGCAAACAUGGCGACGUCCGUGAGCAGCUUUCUCCGCGCAGGAAAGGGGGCCGUCCAGGUCGUGGGUCGCCGCGGGUUCCAGCGCAGCGCCGCGGCCGCGAUGCAGGUGACGGUCCGGGACGCCCUGAACCAGGCCAUGGACGAGGAGCUGGAGAGAGACGAGAGGGUUUUCCUGCUGGGGGAGGAGGUGGCGCAGUACGACGGAGCCUACAAGGUGAGCCGCGGCUUGUGGAAGAAGUACGGAGACAAGCGCAUCAUCGACACGCCCAUCUCCGAGAUGGGGUUCACCGGCAUCGCCGUGGGAGCCGCCAUGGCGGGCCUCCGCCCCAUCUGUGAGUUCAUGACCUUCAACUUCUCCAUGCAAGCGAUCGACCAGGUGAUCAACUCAGCAGCUAAAACCUACUACAUGUCUGCCGGGCUGCAGACGGUUCCCAUCGUGUUCCGGGGGCCCAACGGGGCGUCGGCCGGCGUCGCCGCGCAGCACUCGCAGUGCUUCGCCGCCUGGUACGCCCACUGUCCCGGUCUGAAGGUCGUCAGUCCCUGGAAUUCUGAAGACGCUAGAGGAUUGUUGAAGUCGGCCAUUAGAGACAACAACCCUGUGAUUUUCCUGGAGAACGAGCUGAUGUACGGCGUUCCCUUCGAGAUGUCCGAGGAGUCGCAGUCCAAGGAUUUCACCGUUCCCAUCGGCAAGGCCAAGAUCGAGAGACCAGGAAGCUCCGUCACCGUGGUCGCUCACUCGCGGCUCGUCGGCCACUGCCUGGACGCGGCCGCCGUGCUGGCCAAGGAGGGGAUCGACUGUGAGGUGAUCAACCUGCGGACCAUCCGGCCCCUGGACGUGGAGUCCAUCGAGUCCAGUCUGAUGAAAACCAACCACCUGGUGACGGUGGAGGGGGGGUGGCCGCAGUUCGGGGUGGGGGCUGAGAUCUGCGCCCGCGUCAUGGAAGGCCCCGCCUUCAACUACCUGGACUCCCCGGUUACCAGGGUAACGGGCGUGGACAUCCCCAUGCCGUACGCCAAGACGCUGGAGGAGCACAGCGUCCCGCAGAUCAAGGACAUCAUCUUCUCCAUCAAGAAGACGCUGAACGUCUGAGUCGCCGUGGCAACCAGACCCCGGCGUCGCCGUGGCAACCAGACCCAGCUAAACGUUUGAGACUAGUGUAAAUACGUGUAAAACACUCCGGGUGUAAAGUUUAUUUGGGUUUGGGGGGGGGGAUGUUUAGCCGGCGGAGCCGACGCCGUUCGGUGGAGUUUGCUGCUCAAACUUCACCCAACGUCCUCCGUCUCCGGCCCUUCAAAAUAAAAGCUGCGCUAACGUCACAGCCCCGUGUUUCUGCAGCGAAGGGAAGUGGUUUAUUACGAUAAAUGCUCUUAAAACUGUUCCUGGUCUGAAUUAAGACGUUAAAGUUCCUCCUUUAAAUAUUAUUAUUCUGUUUCAGUGUCAUGUAGAACCAGUUUUCACCGGCCCAGAGCCGCGCGGGGAAUAUUUAUUGUAGCUGUAAAUGACUCUGUUACCAAUAAAAACCUUUGGUCCCAA